AGAUGGCGGCAGUGCGGGGGCGGCAGUAGUGGCGGCCAUGGAGGCGGACGGCGGCCCUCUGGGCCCGGGGGAGCGCUGGGCGCCGGUGGGCGCCGCGUCGGCGGCGGCAGAGGAGGAGGAGGCGGAGGAGGAGGAAGCGGAGGAGGCGGCGGCGGGCGGGUCGCCGCGGUCGCUGCCGCGGCUGCGGGCGGAGCGGCGGCGGCUGCACGGGGCGCUGCUGGCGCUGGCCUCGCACUUCGCCCAGGUGCAGUUCCGGCUGCGGCAGGUGGUGCGGGCCGGGCCCGCCGAGCAGCAGCGCCUGCUCCGCGACCUCGAGGACUUUGCUUUCCGCGGCUGCCCCGCGCCGCUGGCGCACGGCCUCGGCGACGCCCCGAGUGAGCGAGAGAAGCAGGAGCGAAUUGAGGUCCAGAAGGAAAAGCAGAGAGAGCUGAUCCUGCAGCUAAAGACACAGCUGGAUGACCUGGAAACAUUUGCUUACCAAGAGGGCAGCUAUGAUUCUCUGCCACAGUCUGUGGUUAUGGAAAGACAGCGGAUGAUUAUAGAUGAAUUAAUAAAGAAGCUGGACAUGGACUUGAAUGAAGAUAUUGCAACACUCUCUCCAGAGGAGCUGCGACAGCGUGUGGAUGCUGCCAUAGCACAAAUUGUUAAUCCAGCCAGGGUGAAGGAGCAGCUGGUGGAACAACUCAAGACACAAAUAAGGGAUCUUGAAAUGUUCAUCAACUUCAUUCAGGAUGAAGUUGGGAGCUCUGGUAAGGUGGAAGAUGGACACUGUGAAUGUUCAGGCAGAAAAGAUGGCAGUGGCUCCUACAAAUCAAAUACAAGAUCUUCUGGAAAUAGAGUGAAUCCAGAAGAUGCCAGAAAGAUGCGAGAAACGGGCCUGCACCUCAUGCGUCGUAUGCUUGCUGUGCUACAGAUAUUUGCUGUUAGUCAGUUCGGUUGUGCUACUGGUCAGAUUCCUCAAACUCUCUGGCAGAAGGACCAAGCCAACAAGGACUAUUCUCCCUUAAUUAAGAAACUGGAGUUGUCUGUAGACCGAGUGAGGCAGCUAGCAAUGAAACACCGGCGGGAAGAUCAUGUUAUUAGUUAUUCCAAUAUACAGGAUAUUCCCUUAGGAGGGAGAGAUGAGCUGACUCUAGCUGUGCGGAAAGAGCUGACCAUUGCUUUACGAGACCUGAUGGCUCACGGGCUCUAUGCCUCCUCUCAAGGAAUGAGCCUAGUGUUGGCACCCAUUGCAUGCUUAAUUCCUGCAUUCACAUCAUCACCACAGACCAUGCACCCCUGGGAACUCUUUGUGAAGUAUUACAAUGCUAAGAACGGACAGGCCUUUGUGGAAUCCCCAGCUCGUAAGCUCUCCCAGUCCUUUGCCUUGCCUGUGAUGGGAGGAGUUGCUGUUACCCCCAAACAGAGCCUGCUGACAGCCAUUCACACGGUCCUCAGUGAGCACGAUCCCUUCAAGCGCAGUGCAGAUUCUGAACUGAAGGCCCUAGUGUGCAUGGCGUUAAAUGAGCAGCGGUUGGUCUCCUGGAUAAAUUUGAUCUGCAAAUCUGGAGCUCUGGUACAAUCUCACUAUCAGCCAUGGAGCUACAUGGCAAACACGGGCUUUGAGAGUGCACUCAACAUCCUCAGUCGCCUAAGCAACUUUAAGUUCAGCCUCCCGGUUGACCUGGCUGUCCGGCAGCUGAAAAACAUCAAAGAUGCUUUUUGAUUUUUUUUUUUUUUAAUUAUUGUAGAUCAUCCACUUUCCUUAAGUAGACAGCUGCUGAGCUCAAGAAGCCUGUCUUUGUUUGUUUGUUUGUUUGUUUGUUUGUUUUUUUUAAAGAUUUGGCUCUUUGAAAUUGAUAUUUGCUUUUUGGGUAAUCUUACAGUGUCUUGAUGCUGGAAAUCUGUGUUUUACAAGGCUGCUAAUGCAAAAAUGCUGGAGGUUGGGGACUGCACAGCACCUCACCUUGUCCUGUUUCUGCAGCUCUGAAUAGCAAAAUUGCUUCACUGAUGAGCAGAUGCCACUAAACGUUUAACGUAUUAGGCUGGCUGCCUGGAAUGUACCAGAAGCUUGUCCAAGGGAGAAGGUCCCUCAGAAUACACUGCAGCUAGCUCCUGUGCUGUA